AUGUCCGAUAAGGAACCUCCGCUAAGUGCAGUAAGAAAUGCCCUCAUUAGAGAGUGGUGCAACUCAAUCAACGUGGUCGACGUGAAGAUUGCUUGGUCCAGACCCGAUAUCUCCGCCAUCACGGUGACGGUUGUCGCCGCUGACUUGCAGAUUGUAGGCGUGCUGUUACUUUAA